UUAACCCCAGCCCUGCGAAACCGGGACAGUCGCGCAGCCUCGAGGGAUGGAGGAGGUGCGUGAGGGACACGCGCUCGGUGGCGGGAUGGAAGCCGAUGGGCCCGCGAGCCCCCAGGAGCUGCCUCCCUCGCCACGGUCGCCUUCACCGCCGCCGUCGCCGCCACCACUGCCCUCGCCGCCGUCGCUGCCAUCGCCCGCAGCCCCGGAGGCCCCCGAGCUCCCCGAGCCGGCGCAGCCGUCCGAGGCUCACGCCCGGCAGCUGCUGCUGGAGGAGUGGGGGCCGCUGAGCGGGGGCCUGGAGCUGCCCCAGCGCCUCACCUGGAAGCUGCUCCUGUUGCGGCGGCCGCUCUACCGCAACCUGCUGCGCUCGCCCAACCCCGAAGGCAUCAACAUUUAUGAGCCAGCACCCCCUACUGGUCCCACCCAGCGACCCCUGGAAACUCUGGGCAAUUUCCGUGGCUGGUACAUUAGAACCGAAAAGCUCCAGCAGAACCAAAGCUGGACAGUGAAGCAGCAGUGUGUGGACCUUCUGGCCGAGGGCCUGUGGGAGGAGCUGCUGGAUGACGAACAACCAGCCAUUACGGUCAUGGACUGGUUCGAGGACAGCCGGCUGGAUGUGUGCGUCUACGAGCUGCACGUCUGGCUGCUGGCGGCCGACCGCCGCACGGUCAUUGCUCAGCACCAUGUGGCCCCCCGAACUUCUGGGAGAGGACCCCCUGGCCGCUGGGUCCAGGUGUCCCACGUAUUCCGCCAUUAUGGUCCCGGUGUGCGCUUUAUCCACUUCCUGCACAAGGCCAAGAACCGCAUGGAGCCUGGUGGGCUGCGGCGGACACGGGUGACCGACUCCUCCGUGUCUGUGCAGCUCCGGGAGUGACUGGCUGGCUCCUCUGUCCUGACCCCACAGCACCUCCCUGACCUUUAGGAGCCCCAACUCUUAGUUACCUCCUAGGCCUCUUAUUUCUCCCUGGCCCUUGGCUUCUCACUUGAUGGACAGCUUCACACACCCUUAAGCGGUGGACUCCAGCAUUUUCCCAGCACUGUCUGAGCCCCAUGAGGGCGGAGCCACUCCUUGUAAAUUCAGUGCCUGACAGAUGCUCGGGCACAGAUGCUCUGUAGAUCUCUGUUGAGAGAAUGCAUAGACACCUGUGCCCAAGGAUGCUGAGGGCUGGUCUCUGCUUCUUUGAACUUCACUGAAACUGAAUGCUCACUGCUGUGUCACCAGCACCACCCAGCCCAGGGCUGUGAACGGAGUGGGUGGCAGCGAAUGUGUAUUGAAGGGGGAAUGGAGCCAUUCACUUCGCUCAGUUCCUGUCCCAUUUAACUGCCCCGAUCCUUGAUCUUCCAUUACCUUCACAUCCCGGGGUCCUUCUGAACUGACCUUGACCUCUGACCUCUUCACACAUCUCCCGUUAGCAUCUCCACUUACCUACCUUUUUUUUUUUUUUUUUGAGAUGGCAUCUCACUCUGUCACCCAGGCUGGAGUGUGGUGACACGAUCUCGACUCACUGCAAUUUCCACCUCUCAGGUUCAAGUGGUUCUCCUGCCUCAGCCUCUCAAGUAGCUGGGAUUACAGGUGCACAGCACCUCGCCCGACUAAUUUUUGUAUUUUUAGUAGAGACUGGAUUUCACCAUGUUGGCCAGGCUGGUCUCAAACUCCUGACCUCAAGUGAUCUGCCCACCUUGGCUUCCCAAAGUGCUGGGAUUGCAGACGUGAGUCACUGCGCCCAGCCAUUCCAUGUCUCUUAAGUCUCAGAAUCUCCCCUAGCUCCCUCCAGGUGUCUGCAGUGGUCGUCCCCUCAAAGCUGUCCCACACCCUCCUCCGAGGACCCUUUGUGUAUCUCCUCCAGCUACCGCAGAGCCCACAAACCCAGGCAUCUAUCAAAGUCCCUCAUUCAUGAGGGUGGUGGGGACACAGACUGCGACCGGAACAGAAAUAUGAAAAUGUGGAUGACAGCGUCCCCCGUGUGUGGAAUGUGGGGAUUAAAAGCAUUUAUCAACCUCUAA